AUGUCGGCCACCGCUAAUCCAUUCAGCCUCAGAAAGCAACUCGCCUUCUACGGCUCAUACCACACCGAUCCUGUCAAUGUCGCCAUCCACAUCAUCGGCGUCCCUUCUAUCAUCUUCGCAACGUCGACACUUCUAGCGAAGCAAGGCUCCAUCUUCCCUUACAUCCAGGACCAUUCUCCGCUCGCUGCAGCCUACCUCUCUCAAGCCGGCUCCUAUCUGGCCUCCCUUCUCCCCACCCAGAUCUUCCAAUAUGCGCAACUCAACCCUGCCGCCAUCUUCAUGGGCAUCUAUUGGCUAUACUACUCGGUCCUCGAUGCCACAGCCGCGCUCAUGCUAGCUCCGAUCUGGUAUGGGCUGUGGUACGGCUCGACCCUGCUCGCGCGCACACACCCGGACGCCACCAAGAUCGCCAUCGGCAUCAAGGCGUUCGGCUGGAUCAGCCAGUUCUAUGGGCACGGUGUGCAUGAGGGUAGGGCGCCUGCGCUACUGGACAACUUGCUCGGCGCCGUGGUGCUCGCUCCGUUCUUUGUGUUUCUGGAGGUCAUCUUCCAUUUCGGAUACAGACCGCAGCUGCAGAAGGAGUUGAAGAAUGACGUGGGCAAGCUGGUGACCAAGUAUAGGACCGACCAGGCCAAGGCGAAGCGUGCCAAGGUGCAGUGA